CGCGUUUCGGGCGGCGGCGGCUGCUGCAACGGCGGCUCCCUCCCUUCUGGAGUCGUCGAGGCGCCUCCUCCUCCUCCUCCGUUCCCUCCCUCGGUCGUCGCCGCCGCUCUGAGUCACGACGGCGGAGGGAGGAGGAAGAGGCGCAGUAAGAAGAAGAAGAAGAGGCGGUCGCUCGGCGCUCUCCGGCGUAACCGGGGCUCUCUCGCCUCACGCCUCAGCAAGGGGACCCGCCUGGCUUCUUUCCGCUCCCGGGGACGCCAAGGGAGGGGGGGAGGCUCGCCCCCUCCCUCCUCAAGGACCCCCUCCUCAAAGAAAAGAAAAAACACCCACCCACCGCCUCAGGAUUGCCAUUUGCGGUGUUUUCAGGCUAACAGAUCACAAUCAAGUAUUCUGAAGUCUUCAAAACUGGAAAAAAGGGAAUGAACCGUGAGGCUGUUCCGGGGAAGAGUCCGGAGGAGAUGUACAUUCAGCAGAAAGUGAGAGUGCUGCUAAUGCUUAGAAAGAUGGGAUCCAACUUAACCAGCAGUGAAGAGGAGUUUCUGCGGACGUAUGCGGGAGUAGUGAAUAGCCAGCUUAGUCAACUUCCUCAGCACUCUAUUGACCAAGGUGCUGAGGACGGCGUGAUGGCCUUUUCCAGAUCAGAGACUGAAGACAGAAGACAGUAACCCGAGUGGCUCUUUUGUGCUACCUAGAACUGGAAAAAGGGCAAACGAAGCGCUGGGCAGGUUCAAAGGAAGAUGAGAGAGCCCCUCUCGGUCCCUUUGCCCUCUCCUCAAGUUGGUGUGUCCCCACGAUCAGCGUCCCCUGCUCCAAAUUCUCCUGCCUCCUCAUCUCAUCGGCCCUCCUGAAUGCAUUUCACAGCCUUUGGGUCUCUUCCCCCAUUAUUUUGGCCCCGUAGUUUUGUCGCCGAUCCAGGAUGACUCCAAGAAUGCAUUUAGGAUUGGCUCCCCCCCCCCCCCACCUCCACCGAUUGGCAGAUUCAGAGGAAGAAACCGCGACCGCCCACGCCACGCCCCUCGUGUUCAGUUUUGCUCCUUUUUUCAUUGCGUCUUUUAAUGAAUGGUUGCUGAUGUCCCCGCUUGCCGAGCCUUCAGGCUCCAGUGCUUAUAUAGGUCACGUUGGGUGUUUUGGGAGAGGGGCUUGGUCGUGGGCGAUUGGAAGAGGAGGCCUGGGGUGGACGAGGCUUGUAGAUGUGUUGCCGAGAUCCAUGUUUUCUUUUGCAGGAAUCGGAGGGGUGGGGGGGGAGGAUGGAGGGGAAUCUGUAUUUUAGUGACCGCUUUGCCAUUUCUGGAGACGGUGGGAGAGGCAGAUCUUGGGCUCUUAUUUUAUAAGCUUGCUUGACUUUUGGAAGCACCAGCGUUAAGGGCCGACGUUCAGCCAGUGGCUGAAUCUCCAAUUUAAAUAAUAAAUAAAUAAAUCAAGACACCACAUUUGUGCUCGGGAGGAAAUUUGCUGACACGCUGCUGGCGUUGAUAGGUUGCAAAAAUCUGCAACCCUCCCCUUCAGGUUGGGCCUGUUUUACUGUAGCUCUUUGAUCUUAAUUCCUGAGCAUGUUUUUUUUUGGGGGGGGGGGAAUUAAAAUCUACUCUCAAUGGCUCCAAGGGGGUAGAAUCAAUUUACAGUAUUAGUUAUAGACCAGAGUAUUAAGCGUCCCGAAAGCUCCUUCAUCCACGUAUUUCCUUCCAGGAAGGCUGCAUUAACAGAUUGGGGAAUUCUGGGAGUUGAAGUCCAGACAUCUUUAAAGUUGCCAAGGUUACAAACUAGCCUAGGAGAAAAUGAGAAUCGAUUUGCAGGGGAUGGAAAAACUAAGCUUCAUUUCUUGGGCGCUAACGGGGGCCCGCUGGGGAAAUCAACAUAAAUAUAGUUUAUCUUUUCAGUAAAAAAUUUAAGUUCCUCUAGAAAGUUGGAUUUGGGGUUUUUUUUUUUAAAAAUAAUUUUUUUAUUGUAAAGGAAAAAUUCUUUUUCCAGGUUAUACUUAAUUUCCAACAUGGCAAGGACUCCAGAUUUUCUUCCUUGCAUACUAGGGAAUUGUCUUUCCCCGGAAAAUCAAAGCAACAUUUGUGUCUAAACCCUCCUUUUUCAAUAAAUGGUACAAUUUGGACUGUGGUUUUGUGGUCAGGAGCAACUUCCAUUCCACCACCGCCCUGGUGCUGUUUGUUUGCUUCGUUAACUUUAUUAUUUUUUUAAAUAUCCUUCUGAGGUGCUCCUCCAAAAGACUCUGCACAGCCUCCACCCUCAAAGAUGCUCUCUUUUCAUCAUUUGCUCUUAAUUCCGUGGAUGUCUUAUCCCUCGAAAACUGCACUGCCCUUCUGUCCUGCCAGCUGCAGGCGUCCCCUUCCCAAAAAUAAUCCAUUUGUAAAGCCGUUGAAAAAGGCGACUCGCUCUGCCCCAGGCCUUUUCCCCAGUCCUUGUCCUUUCUGUGUUGUUUAGGGAUGGGAUGUCGAACAACUGGUGCCAACCCAGGAUCGGUGCCAACAGUAUAAAUGUCCUCGGCGGGAGGGAGGGAGGAAUGGUCUUCGAGAAAGCCCAUUUGAGGCUCAACCUGGCAUCUGGAUGGGUUGACUAGGCGAUGGGGCUACAGGCUGUGGCGUGCUCGGCGUUUCCAAACUGCUAAGAAAAGCAAAGUGCGUGUCUCCUGUUUUGUAUAAAACUUCUGGAGGGCUAAAAUGUACCUUGAAUGGGGUGGGAAAAUACAGUUUUAAGAGCUUUCCUGUG